UAGGGCUUCGGCUCAUGCGUCGAAUAGAACUAUUUAUAAAGUACCGCACACAAAAUUUCAUUUUCAGUAAGAAUCUCUCCCGAAGAGCGGCACAUAACCAAGUCCGAGAAUGUCACUUGUACCUCUUCUUUUCCGUGAUUGGUGGGAUGACUUUGAUAGGGACAGACCUUCUCGUCUCCUUGAUCAGCAUUUUGGUAAUGUCCUCAGCAAGGAAGACCUUUCAUCUUUUCUCCCUUCCUCGUUAAUAAGGCCUGCUGGUUACUUUAGACCAUGGAGGCAGCCACUCCACCGUCAGAACAGUGGAUCAUCGAACAUUACAACUGACCUAGAUAAAGUUCAGGUCGUAUUGGAUGUACAACAAUUUACACCGAGUGAAAUCACUGUACGGACUGUCGAUAAUACAGUAGUCGUUGAGGGAAAACAUGAUGAAAAAAUGGAUGAACAUGGUUACAUUUCAAGGCAUUUUGUGCGUAAAUAUCUUUUACCCAAAGACGUUAUUGUGGCAGAUGUCACUUCUGCACUCUCAUCUGAUGGCAUACUUACAAUAACUGCACCUAAAAAGGUGUCAAAGGAUUCAAAUGCUGAGAGGGUGGUGCCAAUCAUCCAGACUGGUAUUCCUGCGGCUUUAAAAUCAGGACCAGCAGAAACAAACAUUACAAUUGAACAAGCAAACCAAGAAAUGAGAAUUAAAGAAAAAUCAAGUCAAGAGACAUCAACAUGUGCCAAAAUGACAGAUGAGAUCAUGAAUGGAGAAAGCAAGACUACAAAUCGGCAGCAACCACAGCAGCAGCAGCAACAACAACAACCACAACCACAGCAGCAACAACAAAAUCAACUGUCAAAUUUUCAACAGAACAAUUCGUCAAGCCCGAACCGAUUGGAUUUUGAUCAAACACCACUAUGUGGGACAAAACUAAAAGCUAACAAAGGAACACCGGUAGGAACCAAUCAUAGCUUAAAAGAAACAGAAAAAGAAGAUAUAACAAACCCUGAUAGUCCGAAUGUUUGUAAUGAGGAAUACAGUUCUGGAGGUGGUGGGAGAUUGAAGUUUUUUAAAGAUGGAAAAUUUAUUUUGGAAUUAUCACAUAGAAAGGAUGGAGAAAAAACUUGUUGGAUCCCAGUUCCUAAAAAGACUUAUUGGCCUGUAAUUGGAACCCCAAGACAAGAGAGCUCUACUUCUCUGAGUGUUUCAGACGAUAAUUCUUCUGUUCAAUCUUCCCCUUGGCAAAGAGACCAUUGUUGGAAGCAAACAACACCUCGCCCAAAUCUAAGUAGAGAAUUAGAGUUUCAAUUAAUUCGUCCUAAAAGGUUUAUGAAAUUCCUUUAUACCUCUCAAGCUUUAAGAUCAAAAAGGAGGAGACCAUUUGACAUGAGUAAAGUUGAUGAAACACUUUUGGAAAGAGUUUCAUACAAGCCACGCAAACGAUCUCCUUUGAGAAAUAUUGUGCAAUCAUUAUGGGAACGAGUUGUAACUACAUGCAAACCCGAACCGGGAAUUGUGUCGCCCCGAAAACGGAUAUUAAGAGAGUUGGAAAGGGUCACAUUAGAAGAAGCUACAAAAAGACAAAGAGCUCGGGCGCCAACUCGCAACAUCAGUAGUCAUUCGAUAUCUUCAAUAUUAGCCAAAGAAGAUGAGUCAGUGUUACGGACAUUACUACGCUCACCUUCACCAGAUGCUGCAAUACGCUCAAGAGUUCCAACCUCGUCAUACAUUCCUCCAGCAUCUCACAUAGUUCAUCCUCCACUGUAUCCUGCUUCAUCUACUACUUAUUAUCCAACUGUAACAAACCAGUACACGGCUACACAUGUAUGGCCUGUCCAUUACCCUGUUUCUAGUCCCCCUUUACACCUUCCCUUAUAUCCUGUACCUCCUUACUCAUCUACAUGGCCGCAUCUCCAUCGGACGAUGCCUCAAGAAACAUCACCAGAUGUACCACUGAAUCUUUCAAAAAAUGCUGGGUAGUAGACACAGGACACACAAGUUCACAACAAAGUUAGUGUUCUGUUCUACAAUCUUAAUUUUGAGACUGGAAAUGUUUGCAUGUAAGAAAAGAACCUUUAGAAAUAUGUAAGUAAUGUAAUUGUGCCUUCUAAACCCCCUGUUGGGCAGGAAAUAAAAUUUGUAUAGUGUAUAA